CAGGAGAAUCGACGUUUCGGGUAAAAGCCCUUCAUCAGGAAUGAUGCUCUGAUUGAUAAAUGUGCCAAACGCCUUCAUCAACACCCAGUACACCUGUCAGGCCACUUUCAGGGAACUAUGUACCUGCACCCCUAGGUCCCGGUUUGACAACUCUCCCCAGGGCCCCACCUUUAACCGUGUAAGUCCUUCCCGGGUUUGUCUGACCAAAAUGCAGCAGCUGCCUCCUUUAUCUGCUCACUCCUUGCAGCGUAGUUUGUGGGAGGGUGCCGUGCACAAGUUUGGCUGUUGGGUUUCUGUCUAUAAGUUUGCUCUGGGUCGAUAAACAAGGGGGCGGGGAACUUAGUGUGCCACAUACAAUGAUAUUAGAGAAGGGUAUGAUAUCUUCUCGUGUAAAAGCUCUGGGUAUUGUGGUUGCUAUGGCGGUGACUCCAUUGCGUGUCUCGAUUUGCGCUCGGCCGUUUCAUUGGCAAGUGGUUGCCAGGGAAAGAUUUAAUUCCCUCUGCUCGGUCGAGGGAAAAGGUCUGACUGAUUUAGCUGAAGAGAAAUCCUGGCAGGAGGACCGACCCUGAGGCAUUCGAGAUCAUGUCGCUUAACAAUUUCCACUUCAUCCACAGCAUUAAAAACUCUCCAGCUGUCUUCCGAAGGUUCAAGAAGGACAAGACGAAGAGUCUGUCCCACGGUGAUCCGCUGUUCAAGGUGCACUACACGGGCAUGGAGAAAAUCUACUCGCUGCAGGUGGACCAGACCCGGGAGGUGGUUAACCGCCUGGUGGGUAAGGAUACCGGUAAGGCCUGUAAGGACCACGCCUUGGUGGUGAGGCCACGCUAUCUGGAGGUGAAGGAGAUCUCGAGCGGACGGCAGAUCACCAAGACCUACCUCCACGACAUCGCCUACUGCACGGCGGACAUCGGGCACACCAACGUCUUCCUCUACAUCUGCAAGAGCAAAGGGCAGCUUCAGUGUCGCGUGUUCCUCUGUAGCAAUGCAGAGAAAGCCAAGGCCAUCACCGUCUGCCUGGCCAAGUCCUUUGAGACAGCUUUCAGCCAAUGGCAUGAGACCUACAACAGCCAAACACAGCUGGUUCCCUCGUCGGGCACUGAGCCCGGCUCUGACCAUCAGGACCAUCCUCACCAUGGCACUGAUAAAGGCAGCUCGUUGGACGAGGAAUCGGAAAUGAACCGUCCACUGGAAAGCGACGAGGAGGCGGAGGUCAGGAUGCACCGGGAGUUUCUCCAGCGGGCAACGUCAUUCCGAACCCCUCACCGCCUGGACACGGGGUACCACGAUGUGGAGGAUCUGACCAGGGAUUCCUCAGUCCAGGAGCUGGCUCAGGGCGAGCAGGAGGGAGACUGACCACCCACUCGCUCCCCGCCGGCCUGCUUUAUGUUGACUAAUCCUUAACCAGGGGGAGACAAAACAAACAAACUAAUUGCCAACAUGGGACGCAAAUCUUCAAACCGGAGGCUCUUGUUGAUCCUUGUUUUGAAAUACAAGAGGGCGAUGAUUGCAAUUUCUCCCCCAAGGUUUUAAUCAAUACGACAGCUUCGUAAUGAUAGGUCAUGCUCCGAGAAUGUGACAGCAACACCUCCAACGCAGCAAUGCUUAAGCGUGUUACGGGAAGAUACCUUCUCCUCUUUAACAGCUCGAGGCCUUUUUUUUUCCAGACCUUUUUAUGUUUAAGACCAGGCUGAAUGUCUCCUUGAGCAUGCCUCACCUGAACGAAGAGUAUAUUGUGUUUCGACAAUGAGUUGAUCUCAUUGAAACCGCAGACGAUCCUUUGGGCGUGCUUGACCGGCUAGAGACAGAGGGGCUGUUUUUCCUUGGCUGGGGAGUCCCCAACUGUAUGGCAAGUGGGGGGAGCAGGAGGGGUCGCUGGUUUUGAAAUGAGAUGAGAAGAAAUUUCUCCUCUCGACGAGUUGAGAGUGGAAGGAAGUUACAAACGCAGAGGGUUCACUUGCUGAGUUCGCACCGAAACAGUUUUGUUUUGACACUGAGGGGAUAGGGUUGGAAGAUCAGCCAUCUGGUGGCUUUGCUGGGGAGAGAUAGAGCUCAAAGGGGCCGAAUGGUCUCCUCCUGCUCCUAAUUAAGACAUUACCUGAUGCCCAGUCUGUGCAUUACACUAUGAAACUAUGAGGAGCCUUAAUAAGUUCUGGAGGCAGACACUAACUCCAUUUGACUAACGCUCCCCUAACCAGGAGCUUCCAGUUGCUCUGUAUCACUCUUGGACUCAAGGUUCAAAGUUCUGGCUAGGGCUAAGACAGAACAGCCCACAGUCACUUACUUCUAGCAGGAAAUGGAACCCUGUUGAAAAUGGAUUUGAAAAUUACCCUGAAGGAAAAGAGAUGUUCACUUUGUUCUGAAUGAUACCACUAUCAGUCAGAGAGGGGAGUUCAGGCACAGUUUUAUCUUUUAUGGUGUCUGUUGGAAGGAGACUUUCCAGAUCAAAGGCUCACUAACUGCUUUGUCAUCUGCCAUGUGGGUGUUAGCAGCGUAUGCCACACGGAAGUUUUGUGGAUUUUUUUCAUUUAAAAGCGGAAUUGUUUUACAAACAAUUCCAGUAAGAGUUGAAAUGGAGUUAUUUGCGUCACGUGGAAUUGUACAAAGCGUUCAUCUAAUUCUCACUUACUACCGUUCCCCUCGCAUUCCCCCCCCCCCCCCCCCAACACACUCUCGUCAGCUAGUUCGCCUUUUCCCAUCUCCUUGUCCAUCCUCACCUCAGCAAUACCCUUGUUAACAUCUCUGGCUGGCUGUUCCGUCACACUCUUGGCCAAACUCCCAACUUGCAGCCUCCUCGUGUGUUCAUCCAAAAUGAAGGGCUUUUGCCCGAAACGUCGAUUCUCCUGCUCCUCGGAUGCUGCCUGACCUGCUGUGCUUUUCCAGCACCACUCUGAUCUCUACUCUGCGAAACUAGUCUGCGUGUGCACCAUGUCCUAUUCCCCUAUGACCCCAGCCCUCCCAUUCCUGCUCACUACCCUAAACUGGCUCCUAGUCCUCAGUGUUCAAACUCCCAACUUUAUUGUCAUAUCCACCCAUGGCCUCCUCACAGACCAGUCUGACCCCCACUCCCACCUUCCCUUCUCUGUCUCUCUCUCUCUCCCUUUAAACUCCACAACCCUCUGAGAUCUCUGUGCUCUUCCAAUACCAGCCUCCUGACACUCCUCCAGCAUUGGUGGCUGUGCCCUCAGCUGUAUGUGUGUCCUGAAAUCUGGAAAUCCCUCUCCAUCUCUCUCUCUCUCUCUUGUAUAUUAUGAUGUCCCUUCAAACCUAGCUCUUUGACCAAAACUCUGAGUUACCCGUUUUCUCAUUUCCUAAUAUGUAGCUCGGUGUCAACUUUGUUAACCUUUUGUGGGAUGUUUUGUCUCACAGAAGGUGUUAUAUAAAUUUAUUGUUGUUA